UUUAGGGUUCUUCAAAUGGAGCUACCCGACGGAGCUUUCCAGGCCUCCGAUGACGAUCUCUCCUCCGUCGCUGCCGAUUCCUGGUCCGUGAGGAGUGAAUAUGGCAGCGUCCUCGAUGCGGACGAGCUUGUUCGCCAGGCCGAGUCGGUCAUCGAGACAACGGGAGCGCAAGAUUCUUACAGCUCAUGCAAGGACGAAGAGGAAAGCCUUCAAUCUGUUCUAGGAUUGCAAAGCCAUUGGAACAGCACGUACGCUGACGAGCUCAACAAUUUCUACGCUCAUGGAGAUAGAGGCGAGAUAUGGUUUGGAGAGUCUGUCACGGACACAGUCGCAAGAUGGACCGCGAGGCUUUGUGCUGCCACUUCCACCGGCACUCCAUUCAAUCCCGCUGAUGGUCCUUUGCCCGCACCUUCUGAUUUAACAGGCUGGAGCGUUCUGGAUGUUGGAACUGGAAAUGGUGUGUUCCUUCAUGCAUUUUAUAGGCUCGGCUUUACAGAUUUAACGGGAAUUGAUUAUAGCGAAGGGGCCAUAGAACUGGCAAUAGCAAUCGCCCAGCGAAAUGGCCUUGCAGACAUUAAGUUCCUGGUGGACGACUUACUUGAAACCAAUCUCAAAGAACAAUACAGACUCGUUACGGACAAAGGGACGCUCGAUGCUAUAGGACUUCAUCCAGAAGGACAAUCUCGGAGGCUCUUGUACUGGAAGUCCAUUUCUCAGCUGGUAGCUCCGGGUGGUAUUCUGGUUGUCACAUCCUGUAACAAGACUAAAGACGAGCUAGUCAACGAGGCAACAAACGCUGCAGACGAUUUCAAGUUUGAAUACAUGGAUCACAUUCGUAGCUACCCAACAUUUCGCUUCGCUGGCGUGGAGGGAAGUCGGGUUAGCACUGUGGCUUUUCUUCGCAAAGCUUGAAGCUCCGGCACCAGACUGAAGAAAGUGAAGGAAAAAUCUCUCGCCAAAAGCAAUCCAACAAACAGGAAUGUUCAAACACUACAUAGGUACCAGAUCGUUCUCUUUACUUUUGUCAUCGAUUUUCGUGAACUGGACUUCCAGCUUGCAACUUUUAUUUCGGUUUGAAUGGUAGCACAUGACUCUUCUCGCUCGCUCACACAUCAGUUAUGUGCUGUGCCUGUGCAUUGUUUAGUUAGCGCCUUUGUUUUUUCUUAGUGUAGUGGCUUUUGUCUCUUACAAUCUCGUCGAGUUUACUCUUGGAAGGCAGUGACGCUUCAUUCAUGUCUGGUACGGGGUGAACGAUUUCAACGCCGCGAGAAUCGCCCAGCCAACAAGAAGCAUCAAGUGUUUGGUACGUGCAACGUUGUGCAACUGUUCUAACGCAGCUGAAUGAUCGUAGCAGUCGAGAAAAGCAACGAAAAAGUAAAAGAAGGAAUCGCGAUCUCAGAUGGAAAGUUGCUGUCUCGCAAAGAAAAAUGCGCGAACAUCACCGAUCACCAAACUUCGUGAUCUCAUCACACUGGUUUUGAUACUUCGAUCCAUUCAUUGAAAGUUCUCUCUCUUUGAAAGAUCGUGACAUUGUUUGAUAACUUCCUCUUGGCUAUUGCUUGCAGCUAGCGAUCCAAUCAAUUCUACUCCAAAAAAAUGGCGAAUCUACUUCCUGACGUAAUUACUUGGACGACUUUUCCAAGUACGCGUUUGAGUUCUCGUAUUAUACUCGUAUGUACGCAAAGCUCUUCCAUGCCAUAAAGAGUGGAGCUUUUCUUUAUGUGGAGAAAAACCUCGCGUGCC